AUGCUCUCCCUUCUGGAGCUCUACGCUCCCGUGCCCGACGAGACCCUAUCGCCCCUUCCUCCCGACUCGCAUCGAGGCAUCACGGCAGUGACGACGUUCGCCCUCUUCUCCCUCGUCGCCACUGCCAUUCUCUUCGCCCAUCUGUUGUGUCGCGUGUUGACGUGGAAACGUCGUACCCAUGGACCCGUCAAUCCAUACGUCGCUCUCCUGCUCAACCUCGUCUUCGCCGACCUCCAACAAGCUCUGGGCUUUGCAUUCGGUAUUGGCUGGCUCAAGGACGAUGGCAUCUUCGCCCCCGACCCCAUGUGCUGGACACAAGGCUGGUUCUUGAACGCCGGCGAUGUGGCCAGCGGCCUCUUCACUCUGGCCAUGGCAGGCCAUCUUUUUGCAGACAUUGUGUUCGAUUAUCGCAUGGCCCACUGCCCACUCGUUGCCAUGAUUGUUGGAAUAUGGACACUCGUUUACGUGUUGGCAACAAUUGGCGUGAUAUUACAUCCACAGGACUUUUAUAUGCGCGCAGGAAUCUGGUGCUGGAUCAGUGAGACAUACAUGCCGGAGCGACUCUGGCUACACUACGUGUGGCUCCUGCUCACCGAAUUCUGCGUUGUCAUCCUGUACACGCUGAUGUUCGUGAUCCUAUGGCGUCGGAUCCGGAGCUUUUUCUAUGUAUCCUCGGAGAACCAACUGCGAGCCGAGUCCGCAGCGAGGACUGCAAUCUCCUACCCUAUCAUUUACGUGGUCUGUACCUUACCGGCUGUUGUCACCAGGCUACGGAUCAUGACAGGCCGCAAAGCUAGUACUGAGGAGCUAACUUUCUUCGGCGUGAUGCUGACGAGCAGCGGCUGGCUCGAUGUUCUUCUCUACAUGCUGACCAGGCGCUCACUCAUUGCUGGACCCACAAUACAGAACCAGGAUGCGCAUGGUCUGGACACGUUCCAGCCAUGGACACAGUAUCGCACGGAU